UUGUAAGAAUUUGGUGACCGUGCGAGACAAAUUGGUGUAUGAGAUAAUAAAGAGAGAAAGAAGAAAUAAUAGAAAAAAAAAAAAGAAAAUAAUUAUAUAAUAUCGAAGAAAAUAUAUAUUUGAAAUUAGUUGAAAAAGUUGGCAAAGAUGAAAGUCAACGAUGGAAAAAGAAUGAACGCAGAAACGGUCAAAGUUGGUUGUUUUCAGAUGCUUCUUGUAUUAAUUUUUUGCAUAAACUACAUCAUCGUAUCAAUGAAUCAUACCUUACCGGCUUUUCAUAAUUACACACCGAAAUUUUAUUGUCAGCCAAAGAAUACAACGAGCAUAACGUAUGGUUGUCCAAUUGAAAAUAAUUCGACAAUUGAAUCUAACUGGAGCUCCUCCUGUUCCGGCGGCGACUAUCGAUUCGCGAUCGAGCCCGGUGAGAACAGCGUUGUCACCGAAUGGAUCUUGAUAUGCGACAGAAAAUAUUUGACCUAUCUAGCGUCAGCAAUCUAUUAUUUUGGUGCUUUGAUCGGUGCUUGGGUUGCUGGAAUUCUGGCUGAUCGGAUUGGAAGAUUACCAGUUCAAGCAAUUUGUCUAUACACGCAAGGCACUAUGGCUGUUGCGCUUUACGUCGUGCAGAAUUAUCCUACAUUUUUGGCACUUCGUGGUCUCCAAGGUAUUUUCGUGCAAGGCCUACAAAACUCAACGUACAUCUUAUCCCUGGAAUUGUUCCCCAGUAAAUUGCGAACUCUCGUUGCUCUGAUCAUGCAAAUCGCUUGGGCUAUCGGCUUGAUACUCCUAGCGAUAUUAAGUUACGCUAUACCAGAUUGGAGAAUUCUGCAGCUGGCUGUUUCCGUACCCACAGCGAUAACAGUUUUAUAUAUCUGGAUAAUACCCGAAUCCCCACGAUGGCUGUUGGCUAAAAAUAAAUUAACGGAAGCCGAUAUGGCGUUGGAAAGAAUCGCAAAAUAUAACGGCGGGUGUUGCAUGAGAAUACACAGAGAGAAUGUUAUUAAGUCUGAGCCUGUUGUAAUUAAAGAAAAUCCGAUACCAGUGAAGCCAGAAAGGAGGAAAUCACGCGUUUCGAGUGUCGACUUGAAGAAAUCUAAAACUCUCGAAACCAAAUUGCUGACUACACCAGAUUCGAAUCAGCAGACAGAGGAGGAGCAAUCGAGAAAUUCGAGAAAUUCGAGAAAUUGGAGAAAUUCGAGAAAUUCCAUCGACCAAACAUCAUCGAAAAAACGACUGUCAUCGAUGGACGUCGAAUUACGAAGAGAAAAGGACGUAGAAAGUGAAAUAAAAAAUCCACCAUCGUGUUCGAGCAAUAAUCGAAAAUCUAAAAGAAGUUGUCAGUCCAUUUAUGAUGAAAAUACAUCCCCGAGGAUUGAGGAAGAAAUAAUCGUCGUGCUUAGAAAUCCAAGAAAGCUCGAAGAAGCAAAUGAUAAUGAAAUCAAAAUAGACGACAAUGUCGACGAAAAAUUAGCAAAAGUAAAAAACAAAAGCUUACAGAAGCUAUUUAAACGACCAUUAACAAGAAAGUAUAGUCUUGCGAUGAUUUUUCAGUGGUUUUCAUCUUCUAUGGCGUGUUAUCUUUUAGCAUCGCUUCUGCCAACUUUUAACGUAAACAGACACGUAACAUUUGCAUUAGGAGGAGCUUUAGAAAUUGCUGCUUAUACCUUUAUAUAUUUUGUAUUGUCAAGAUAUGGAAGACGAAUACCAUUAAGCAUAUGUCAAUUUACAAAUGGCACGAUAUUCAUUAUCUUAUCUAUUUUAAUGAUUCUAAUAGAUUCAUCAUCUUUAGGCUGGAAAGAUCUCACGAAGACUAUAAUAUUGUUAUUUGGUAAAGUAACCGUAAUAAGCACUAUUGCUGUAAUAUAUCUCUACACUGCUGAACUAUUUCCAACUGUCGUAAGAGGAACUUGUUUAGGUUUAUGUACAGUUUUUGCUGAGAUUGGUUUUUUAAGUAUACCUCAUGUGUUAUCAUCGGGAGAAUAUGUGCCAAUUAGUAUGCCAUUAGCGAUCCUUGCUAUUCUAUGUUUUAUUUCGGGUAUAUUAGCAAUCCUUUUGCCAGAAACAUUGAAUACAAUUCUACCCGAUACGAUAGAAGAUAUUGAAGAGAUGUUCGUUAAAAAAAGAAAUGAUCAAAUAAACGAUGAGGAAAUAGUUAAGGAAGAUGAAAAUAUUACAAAAGACGAUCUUAAGGAGAGAGAAAUACUAAGAGAGAAACUUUUUUCGGAGGAUUGGGUGGAUGCUGGAAACGGUAUAUUAGUUAAUUUUUCGGAAAACAAAAAUGCCGACUAAUCGUCCGCGAUUGCGAUUGCGAUUGCAAAUUUUCUUUAGUGAAAAUGUCUUUUUUAUUUGUUUUCAAUUUGAAUACAGGUUCACAAGCAUUCUGAUGUAAAUGUGUAUAAUGCGCUUACCACUAUAGAUAAAUUGUAAGUUUUAUUUAUCAGGGACUUAUGUAUUUAUUAUUUUACAUUUGUAAGAAUAAUUUAGAAACUUAAUCAA